AUGGCUACUGCCGCGCCUUCGCAUGGUGCCGAUAGCCAUAAGAUAACGAACGCACAAGCAUCUGAAGAGCAGAAAUACAUUUCAGAGGUCGGCUGGAAGGUUCUGUUUGGCUUCACCACAACACGCCAUGUACCGGUAGUAAUAUGUGGCCUUCUAUCAACGACCAUCGCGGCCCUCACAAUGCCCGCCUUCGCAGUUCUUUAUGGGCUUGUCUUCGGGCAGUACACCAUGUAUGGCGCUGGGUCAACAGACAGCUAUACGCUCAUGAGCAACAUGACGAGAUACUGUAUAAUACUUCCAGGAAUCUGCACAGUCAACUGGAUCGCGAACAGUCUCCAGUGUUUUUGCUUCCUUACAUUCAGUGAGCUGCAGGCACGGAGUGCCCGUAAUCGAAUAUUUGAUGCGCUCAUUAAGAAAGACAUGGCGUGGUUUGACACGCGCGAAACUGGUACUGCUGCAUUUCUGUCGACAGUGCAGGCGCAUAUCCGUGGCUUGAAGCUCUCAGUAUCAUCGCCAUUAGGCGAAUUCUGUCAAGCAGUUGUCCAGACCCUUGCAGCUCUGGGAGUCGCUUUCUACUUUUCUUGGAAGCUAGCACUGGUUGUUAUGAGCAGUGUCCCGUUCCUAUACUUGUUCCUGACACUGGUUGCGAACCGACAAUUGCUUCGAACUCGCGAACAGUCCGAAAUGCUCCAAUCUACACUGAAGUAUAUGACAGCAGCGAUAUCCAAUAUCGAGGCAGUCAAGAGUCUUAACGGGGAACGAUACGAGCUUCACAUAUUCGCAAGGACUGCUGGUCUUGCAGCACGCCUCUAUAGACGGGUAGCAAACUUCCGAUCAAUACAAAUUGGCAUCAUGCAGUUCUUCACCAUUAGCAUAUUCGCCCAAGGCUUCUGGUACGGUAAAUACCUAGUUGGUAAUGGAGAUGAUGAAGCCUCAGACAUUCUAACUACCUUCUGGUCAGUCCUCAUGGCGACAUCCUCCUUGGCGUCGGUGAUGCCCCAAUUGGUAGUCUUAACCAAGGGCCGAGAGGCAGGUACCAAUCUGGCUACGCUAAUGGAACAUACCGCCACGGCUGACCAGCAAGUGGAAUCGCGAGGUCAUAUCAAGCCUGCGCGUUGUCUUGGCAGCAUUGAAUUCAGAAAGGUCGAUUUUUCCUACCCCUCUCGCAAAGAAGCUGUAACAAUUCGUGAUAUCUCGCUGUUCAUACCAGCUGGAAAAACCACUUUCGUCAUCGGAAAGAGCGGCUCUGGUAAGAGCACCCUAGGUCAGCUUCUUAUGCGUUUUUACCACCCCUCAUCUGGCCAGAUACUCUUUGAUGGUGUUCCAAUCGAGCAGCUUGAUGUACACUGGUUACGAAAGAACAUUGCACUUGUGGAGCAGCAUGGUGUAUUGUUCAACGAUACUAUCCAUGGCAAUAUCGCUUUAGGGAAAACAGGCGAGACACUACAUAUGCAAGAUAUCCUCGACGCUGUCAGAUUCGCAAAGCUGGACCUGGUUGUAAAAGGACUCUCUGACGGACUAAACACUAAACUCGGCUUAAGAGGUGAUUCCAUGAGUGGUGGCCAGAGGCAAAGACUGGCAUUAGCACGAGCAAAGAUCAGGAAUUCGCCUGUCCUGAUUUUGGAUGAGUCUACCAGUGGGCUUGACUAUGCUACCAGAGUGGGAAUAUACGAAGCAACACGGGAAUGGCGCAAGGGAAAGACAACAAUUAUUUUUACCCACGAUAUCUCGCAGAUUUGGUCUGACGACUUCCUUUACCUAUUGGGAGAUGGCCGAGUAGUACAAGAGGGAUACAGAAAGGAGCUUGAAGAUCAAGGAGGAGUAUUUCGAACCUUCAUAGAGUCACAUGAAGAGGAAGAGAGGCAUCGUUUCAGUGAUACUGAUCACAAUGGAUGCACGGAAGAUGACACUAAAACGAAUAGGUCACUGAGAUGUGGCACACAAACAACUCAACAUUCGUUUACUGGGUGUCGAAAUCCACAAGUAUCAACUCGUUACAAAAGUUUUCCAGAUACAAGAUCUCUCUCAACAAAGGAAAUCGACUUAGGAUCGGGAGAUAAUGCGUCAGACAAACCUCCCACCUCAACAGAAUCACUUUCCCUAGAAGAAAUCCUUGCAUCAGUCUGGCCCGCAAUAACUUGGCGCUCCCGCAUACUUAUGUUUGGUGCUCUCAUGUGCACCAUCAUCCACUCGGUCUGUACUCCAGUCUUCGCCUGGGUCUUCGCACGACUUCUUGGUACAUUUCAAGAGUCCGCCUCUCAAAGCCAUAACAAAGCACGUAACUACGCCCUCGCAAUAUUUGGUAUUGCUACUGCCGACGGUCUCUCAAAGUACUUUAUGUUCUUCCUCUCAGACGCGGUAGCACAAGCCUGGAGCUUAUCACUCAAAAGAGAGGCUCUGCGUCGGAUCCUGCUACAACCGCGCGAAUUCUUUGACAAGGAAGAGAACAGCACAACUCGCCUGACCGAAACACUCGACCACUUUGCCGAGGAAGCAAGGAAUCUGCCCGGAAGGUUCACCUGCAUAUUCUUUGCCAUGAUACUCAUGGUAGCAAUUUCGAUCUCAUGGAGUAUGGCUAUUUCGUGGAAACUAGCACUUGUAGCGCUUGCGAUGGGCCCUAUCCUCUUUACAAUCAUAAAAUGUAACAACAUGAUCAGCAAUCACUGGGAAAAGCUAUCUAGUGAGUCUGAAGAUAAAGUAGGCGAGACGCUACAAGAGACGUUUGUGAACAUCAGGACAGUCCGAUGUCUGGGACUGGAAACCCAUUUUCGGAAGAAGUAUCGCCAUGCGACAACCGAGGCAGUCAAGCUAGGUAUGAAGUGUGCCUUCUACUCUGGCUCUAUCUUUGGCCUGGCAUUUACCGGCGUCAUAUUUGUGGCUAUUUUGCUGUACUGGUAUGGCGCCCUGCUCAUGUCGAGGAACGAGUAUACCUCGAGCAAAGUCAUGGAAUGCUUCUUGAUACUCAUGCUGAGCGUCAACUACAUUAGUUCACUAGCCCAAUACAUCACUCAGAUCAACAUCUCAAGAGAUGCUAGCACACGGUUACUCCGCCUGGCACGACUUCCUACCGACUCCCACGAAGCAGCAGGAAAGCUACCAAUCCAAUUCAUCACUGACAUCAGCUUCAAAAACGUAAACUUCACAUACCCAUCCCGCAAAGACACCCGCAUCCUUCACAAUCUCACCUUCUCCAUCCCUCCCGGAUCCUGCACCGCCAUCGUCGGAUCCUCUGGUUCCGGAAAGUCCACAGUCGCCUCCCUCCUCCUCAAACUCUACCAGCCCGACAUCGACACCACAAACCCCACAAACGGCCUCUGGCUCUUCUCCCAAAACAUCUCCACAAUAUCCACCUCCUCCCUCCGCUCCCGCAUAGCCCUCGUCCCCCAGUUCCCCACCCUCUUCCUGGGUACAAUCGCUCAAAACAUAACAUACGGCUUAUCCCCUUCCGCCCCUGAAACAAGCCCAGCCUCCAUCCGCGCAGCAGCCCACGCAGCAGGCCUCGCCAACUUCAUCGACAGCCUAGCGAACGGCUACAAUACCCUCGUCGGCGCCGGCGGCACCAUGCUAUCCGGCGGCCAAACCCAGCGUCUCGCCAUUGCGCGCGCCCUCGUGCGUAACCCCGACGUCUUGAUUCUGGACGAGGCAACCAGCGCGCUGGAUGUUUCGUCUAUGAACGUGAUUCGCGAGACGGUGAUGCGGCUUGUGGGGCGGAAACAGAGGAAACGUAUGACAGUUGUUGUUAUUACGCAUGCGAGAGAGAUGAUGGCGGUUGCGGAUCAUGUUGUUGUGAUGGAGCAAGGGAGGGUGGUUGAGCAAGGGAGUUUUCAUGAGUUGAAGCGGAAGAGGGGGUCGGCUUUGGGGAGGGUGUUGAGAGGGGAGGUAGUGUAG